AUGGCAAAAGCCAAGUGUCAGAAGUGUGGAGUAGAUGUCCCUCUUCAGCUUUUACAGGAUCACAUCAACUCUUGUGCAGUUAUUGAAAUUGAUUUUGAUCCAACUGAUGAGGACCCCAGUCAUCCGGAUGAGGAAAAAUUGCAGCCAUGUCCUGUAUGUUUGAAGAUCUUUCCCACGGAGUUGAUUGAGCGACAUGCUUCAUCAUGUGGGGAAAGUUCAGUUUCACCCCAAUCUGCAAUAGCUCCUAAUGAAGAGUUUGCAGCUAUUCCUGGACCCUCCAAAGUAUCUACUGUUUAUGAGGGGCGGAUGAUGGGUCACUCUUUCCUUCAUGGAGGGCCCUGCCUGUCUGGACUUAGCCCCGCGAUUGUGCAUGUCCUUCUUGGUGGAACUCCUGAGACUUCUACGGUCACCCUGGAAGACUGUCCGGAUUUGGACAUCUGCGACACCAUCAAGCUUGUUCUUCUGCAACGUAUCAUUUGGCCGAAGGCUGACGACGACGAUGAUGACAAUGAUGAGUGCUCAGUUGAAAUCAAGACCGGUGUGUUUGGCUAUCUCCGGGAGUUCAUCACUAAAGCCACAUCGAAAGGUAUCCAGGUCUUCCUGGAGCCGCGGCAGAAACACGUAGUGGCAGCAGAAGAGAUGAGUAACACUGCCAAUGCUGAGGAAGCCUUCCUCUUCAAGAUAAUGGAGAACAUCAUAGUAAACACUUGUUACAGCCAUCCACAGAUCUCUCCACAAUCUCUCUAUCCUAAAAUGUAG